AUUGCGCACCACAGGUUCAAUGUAUUUUCUUUCCAUUAGUUUUGUUAUACGUGUCACAAAAAUAAAACGACACAUCGUUAUAGAAUAACAACAAUUGCAAAAAAAUAGUUUAUUCAAUAACAAAUUAUAAAAAUAGAUUAUCAACAAUUAAAUGUUCAACAAUGAUAUGUAAAAGUUAAUUUUGAAUCAUAUAUAAAAUGUUAAAAAAAUAUAGUUUAAGUUGUUUGGUUAUAUUAGUGGUGAUAUUGAUAUUUGUCAGUGUUGAUGGAUUUAGUGGACAUCAAAAUCCUGAUGUAUUGUAUAAAAUAAAUUGGCCAGGAAAAAUUGACCAUAAUUUUGAUGAACCACAAGAACAUCUUGAAUAUUAUCCAAUAACAACAGCUGAUAAUGAAAAAUAUAUUUGUACAAUUCCAGUUGCUAAAGAGGCAGAAAAAAAUUCAGCUGAACUUUACACAGGACCAAAUCCAAUUGAUCUUUUAACAAAAUUAGUUGAACAAAAUUCGUGUUCAUACAAAUUGGAGUCAUAUUGGACUUAUGAAGUAUGUCAUGGUAGAUAUGUUAGACAAUUUCAUGAAGAACGUGAAGGAAAAAAAAUAAAAAUCCAAGAAUAUUCAUUGGGUACAUUUGCAAAAGGUGAACGUGAAAGAUUAUCAGUAUAUUAUGAUGAACUUGCUAAAAAUCCAGAUAAAAAAUUACCAACUAAAAAAUUUGAUGGUGUUCCAAUGCCAUAUGUUGAAAUUAAAAUGACAAAUGGUACACUUUGUGAUUUAAGUAAUAAACCAAGAACAAUAAAAUUACUUUAUAUUUGUCAUCAACAUGGUAAAAAUGAAAUAUUAUCAUUUGAAGAAACAUCAAGCUGUGAAUAUGAAGCAAUUAUAUUUACAUCAUUAAUAUGUAGUCAUCCAGAUUAUGGUCCACGUGGUCAUGGUGAAGAUGAAAUUAAUUGUAUUCCAACUGAUAAAACACCUAAAAAACCAAAAUCACUUGCUGCACUUGAAGCAGAAAGUAUUAAACUUCGCCAUCAAAAAGUCAUGGAGGGCAAACCACAGAAACUGUAUGCAAUCUUCCAUGUAGAUAAAAACAGCAAGGAUGGUGAGCCAAGAGUCAGAGUAGAAAUUCAUUCAGCUGAUGAAAAGGAUCUUAAGGGAGAUGAAAAUUUAGGAUCGUUACUUGAAAAUUCUGGUCAAACAGUAACUGAUAUAAGCCCAGUUAAAAGUUUUUUGAGUGGAAAACAUUGUCUUCAUGGGGGUCAUGGAUGGUGGAAAUAUGAAUUUUGUUAUGCUCGUUCAGUUGUCCAGUAUCAUGUUGAAAGAGAUGGCUCAAAAUUAGUUGUUGAUCUUGGUAAAUUUGAUAAAAAAAAACAUAUUGAAUGGAUUGAAGCAAACCCCAUUAAAAAACCAAAACAAAUACAUUUAAGAAAACAACUUUCUCAUUUUUAUGGUGAUGGAAGUUAUUGUGAAAAAACUGGUAAAUCAAGACAAACUGAGGUUCGAUUAAUGUGUGCAGAAAAUCAAUCAGGUUCUACAUCAAGUGUAUCACUAUCACUUCAUGAGCCAAAAACAUGUGAAUACGUAUUGAGUGUUGAAUCAGCGUUAAUUUGUGAUAUUCUUGCUCUUGCUGAUGACAAUGGUCUUAUAAAUAACGAGCCAACUAUUAAUUUUGAAAUAUUAAAAACAGAAACAUCAUCAUCAAAAACGUCAAACAAAGAUGAAACCACCGAAGAGAAAAAAAUAGAAUUAUAAAUUUUUUGUUUGAUAAGUUUUGUAAAUUAUAUAUAUAUAAAAAAAAACAUUUUAAAUAAUAUAA